UGCAGACGCCCGGCGCGCCUCCCGCUUAAUCUGGGCAGGGCCGGUGGCCACUCCCUCCACCCUGUGCAGCCACCUCCCCACCGCACACACCCCCCAAUUCCUCACCUCCGACCCGCACCUCCUUACCCCACCUGGGCCCCGGGACCUUUGGAGCAUCACCUCCUGAACCCCUAUCCUGAAUGGGCGCCCACCUGCCCCGCAGUCGCCCAGCCCUUUCUCGCUUCCUGGGCACGAUGCCCAGUAGAAGGGACAGUGCCUGGUGAGUUGGGAGGGAGAGGGACGAGGGCGGGACCUGAGCCACUUCUUCCCUCCCUUGGAGCCACAACCAAAGCCUGGGUGGGGAGGGACGGACGGCGCGGCUGAGCCCUACAAAACCCGUCCGGGAGGGCUGGCCCAGCGAGCUGCACACCAGGGGCUUCCCAGCCCGCACCGCGCAGGGGACGCGGUCGCCUGAGCGCCUGUGGGUCCCUGGACACACUGGAACCCAGAGCCGGCGUCCACUAUGCGCCUCGGCUCCUUGCGGAGGCCGCCGGCCCUCCUCCUUCGACUCCUGCUGGUGCUCCUGGCGGCCGCGCCUGCGGCGAGCAAGGGCUGUGUCUGUAAAGACAAAGGCCAGUGCUUCUGCGACGGCGUCAAAGGGGAAAAGGGGGAGAAAGGCUUUCCUGGACCCCCUGGUUCACCUGGCCAGAAAGGAUUUCCAGGUCCUGAAGGCUUGCCUGGACCACAGGGACCCAAGGGUUGUCCAGGACGUACAGGACUCACUGGUCCCAAAGGUGUAAGGGGAAUAACUGGAUUACCAGGAUUUUCAGGCCCUCCUGGACUUCCAGGCAUCCCAGGUCAUCCUGGGCCUUAUGGACUUGCUGGUUUGCCAGGGUGCAAUGGCUCCAAGGGGGACCGAGGAUUUCCAGGACUUCCAGGGACACCAGGCUACCCAGGGGUCCCAGGUGCUCCUGGCCUGAAAGGACAAAAGGGUGUUCCUGCUAAAGGAGAAGAUAGAGAACUCAAUGGAAGAGGUGACCCUGGGCUGCCAGGACCCCCAGGAUUCCAGGGUUUGCCAGGCCCCCCAGGUUUUCCAGGACCUAUGGGCCCACCUGGUCCUCCAGGAUUCCUUGGCUUUCCAGGAGCUUCAGGACCUAGAGGGCCUAAGGGUCACAUGGGCGAUAAUGUGAUAGGGCAAAAAGGAGAACAGGGUGUGAAAGGAUUAACAGGACCCCCUGGACCACCAGGAACAGUUAUUGUGACGCUGACUGGCCCAGACAACAGAACGGACCUCAAGGGGGAGAAGGGAGACAAAGGAGCCAUGGGAGAACCUGGACCUCCCGGAUCCCCAGGACCACCUGGAGAAUCAUACGGAUCUGCAAAAGGUGCUCCUGGAGAACCUGGCUCACAGGGAAAACCUGGUAAAGGUGGUACCCCUGGCUUCCCUGGCACUGAGGGAGCCAAGGGCAACAGGGGCUUCCCUGGGUUAAGGGGUGAAGAUGGCAUUAAGGGUUGGAAAGGGGACAUUGGCCCUCCAGGAUUUCGUGGUCCAACAGAAUAUUAUGAUGCAUACCAGGAAAAGGGAGAUGAAGGAAUUCCAGGCCCACCAGGACCCAAAGGAACUCGUGGCCCUCAGGGUCCCCAUGGUCCCCCUGGAGUUCCUGGAAGUCCUGGAUCAUCAAGUCCUGGCCUCAGAGGAGCCCCUGGGUGGCCUGGCUCGAAAGGAAGCAAAGGGGAGCGAGGCCCCCCAGGAAAGGUCACAGUGGGGCUCCCUGGGGCCCCUGGCUGUCCUGGUUCACCAGGCCCUGCAGGGUCACCAGGACCUCCAGGACCUCCAGGUGACACCAUUUUUCGCAAGGGUCCACCUGGUGAUCAUGGCCUGCCAGGUCAUCUAGGGCCUCCGGGAGUCCCAGGAGUCGAUGGACCCAAAGGAGAACCAGGCCUGCUGUGCAUAGAGUGCCCCUAUAUUCCAGGGCCCCCUGGCCUCCCAGGAGUGCCAGGGCUGGAUGGUGUCAAAGGAAUCCCAGGAGGACGAGGUGUGACUGGACUGAAAGGAAGCCCAGGGUCCCCAGGAAGUGCGGGUCUUCCAGGAUUUCCAGGAUUCCCAGGAGCCCAGGGAGAUCCUGGACUUAAAGGAAGAAAAGGUGAAACAUCUCAGCCCCGGGGGCCAGUGGGUGCCCCAGGGGAUCCCGGACUCAGAGGGCAACCAGGGAGAAAGGGCUUGGAUGGAAUUCCUGGAACUCCAGGAGCUAAAGGAUUACCAGGACCUCGAGGAGAACCGGCCUUGAGUGGUGAGAAGGGGGACCGGGGUCCUCCAGGGGAUCCGGGUUCCCCUGGGUCCCCAGGAUCUGCAGGACCCGCUGGACCACCUGGCUAUGGACCCCAGGGAGAGCCAGGUCCAAAGGGCACCCAAGGAAUUCCUGGAGCCCCUGGACCACCUGGAGAAGCCGGUCCUAAGGGAGAAUCCAGUGUUUCAACACCGGUCCCAGGCCCCCCAGGACCUCCAGGGCGCCCUGGCCAUGCUGGUCCCCCAGGUCCACCUGGUAUCCGUGGAUCCAUGGGGAAAUGUAAUCCUGGUCUUCCUGGACCUGAUGGUGAACCAGGAAUUCCAGGAAUUGGAUUUCCUGGACCUCCCGGACCUAAGGGAGAUCAAGGUUUUCCAGGAACAAAAGGAUCACCAGGUUGUCCUGGGAAAAUGGGAGAGCCCGGGUUAGCUGGACAGCCAGGCUUCCCAGGAGCCAAGGGAGAACCAGCACUAGCCAGGCCUGGAGAACCAGGAAAACCAGGUUUUCCAGGAGAAAGAGGCAAUUCUGGGGAAAAUGGAGAAAUUGGACUCCCUGGACUUCCAGGUCUCCCUGGAAUUCCAGGAAAAGAAGGGCUUGAUGGACCACGAGGAGAUCCAGGGCAGCCUGGGCCACCUGGAGAAAGAGGACCUCCAGGAAGGUGCCUAGAGGGCCCCAGAGGAGCCCAAGGACUUCCAGGUCUAAAUGGAUUGCAAGGGCAACCAGGCAGAAGAGGAAGAACAGGGCCAAAGGGAGACCCAGGCAUUCCAGGCUUGGAUAGGUCAGGAUUCCCUGGAGAACCUGGCCAACCAGGAAAACCAGGUCAUCCAGGUGAGAUGGGACCACCUGGUCACAAAGGAUAUCCAGGAACUCCCGGAUUUUUAGGACCACCAGGUGGAAGGGGCAUGGUUGGGUCGAUGGGCCAUCCUGGAGCCACUGGCCCUCCGGGGCCUCCUGGGAACCCAGGCAUUCAGGGGCAGAAGGGUAGCCUCGGAAUACCAGGAAUAAAGGGUGAGAGAGGACCUCCCGGAGCCAGAGGGGAGCAAGGAGACAAAGGAAACCAGGGUCCUUCGCAAAUAGUCCACUUAAUGGGAGACAAAGGAGAACCAGGGCCCAAGGGGUUUGCAGGAAAUCCAGGUGAGAAAGGAAACAGAGGCAUUCCAGGGUUUCCAGGUUUAAAAGGCCGUGAAGGACCAUCUGGACCCCCAGGACCACCAGGCCCUCGGGGAGAUCCAGGAAGCCCUGGGAAUCCUGGAGAACCAGGACCACGUGGUGUGCCAGGAAGCAUGGGGAACAUGGGUGUGCCAGGUUCUAAAGGAAAAAGAGGACCUUUAGGACUUCCAGGUCUUGCUGGAAGACCAGGCUUCCCAGGUACUCAUGGUCUCCAAGGAGAUAAGGGAGAACCAGGUUACUCAAAAGACACAAAACCAGGACCACCAGGACCAAAGGGGGAUCCAGGAUUGCCAGGUGACGUGGGAAAGAAAGGAGAAAGAGGGCCCCCUGGCCUGCCUGGAACAUCAGGGCCUGCUGGACCUGAGGGAGCCCCCGGAAGUCCAGGAAAUCCUGGCCACCCAGGAAAGCCAGGUCCUGAUGGUGACUUGGGACUUAAAGGAAUCAAAGGUUUCCCAGGCCGUCCAGGAAUAAAAGGCCCUCCAGGUCUUCCAGGAUUCCCAGACUUCCUGGACCAAUAGGUGGUAAGAGGUAACCAAGGACAUGAUGGAAUUCCUGGUCCAGCUGGAGAAAAAGGAGAAACAGGCUUGCUGAGGGCCCAUCCAGGUCCAAGAGGGAACCCAGGUGCUCCAGGUGCCAAGGGAGACAGGGGAGCCCCUGGCUGGCCUGGCCUUCCUGGCAGGAAGGGAACCAUGGGAGAUGUUGGGCCUCAAGGACCCAUUGGCAUAAGAGGACCCCCAGGGCCACCAGGUCAGCCUGGGGCAAUCAUCCCUGGCCAGAAAGGAAAUCGUGGUCCACCAGGUUCAAGAGGAAAUCCAGGUGAUCCAGGUCCCCCCGGACCUCCAGGGAGUCAUGUAAAAGGCAUAAAAGGUGACAAAGGAUUUAUGGGCCAGCCUGGCCCAAAAGGUCCACCUGGAACUAUAGGGGAUACAGGGCCACCAGGUCAUCCGGGAGCACCAGGUACCCCAGGUCUUCCAGGGCUCAGAGGUGAUCCUGGGUUCCAUGGAUUUCCAGGCAUGAAAGGAGAGAAGGGUGAUCCAGGAUUUCUGGGAACAGUUGGACCUCCAGGACCAAUUGGGCCAAGAGGACCACCUGGUGCACGUGGAGAUCCUGGCACACUUAAGGUCAUCUCCCUUCCAGGAAGCCCAGGGCCACCUGGCCCACCUGGACAACCAGGGAUGCAAGGAGACCCUGGGCCAGCGGGGUCACCAGGAAACCCAGGACCCUGUGGGCCAAGAGGUAAACCUGGCAAGGAUGGAAAACCAGGAACUCCCGGACCACCUGGAGAAAAAGGCCACAAAGGCCACAAAGGAGAGCCAGGACCACCUGGAUCAGAUGGAUUGCCAGGUUUGAAGGGAAAACCCGGAGAUCCAGGCUUGCCUGCAACCGAGACAAGGAGGAGGGGCUUUGUCUUCACGCGUCACAGUCAAGCGACAAAGAUCCCCUCAUGUCCAGAAGGGACAGAGCCUCUCUACAGUGGGUUUUCUCUUCUCUUUGUACAAGGGAACGAGCAAGCCCAUGGACAAGACCUUGGAACUCUUGGGAGCUGUCUGCAGCGAUUUACCACGAUGCCAUUCUUAUUCUGUGACAUCAAUGAAAUAUGUAAUUUUGCAUCUCGGAAUGAUUAUUCAUACUGGCUGUCAACACCAGCUCUGAUGCCAAUGAACAUGACUCCAAUUACUGGCAGAGCCCUGGAGCCUUUUAUUAGCAGAUGCACCGUUUGUGAAGGUCCUGCGAUGACCAUAGCUGUUCACAGCCAAACCACCACCAUCCCCCCAUGUCCCCAUGGCUGGGUUUCCCUCUGGAAAGGAUUUUCUUUCAUCAUGUUCACAAGUGCAGGUUCUGAGGGCGCUGGGCAAGCACUGGCAUCCCCUGGCUCCUGCUUGGAGGAAUUCCGAGCCAGUCCGUUUAUAGAAUGUCAUGGAAGAGGAACAUGCAACUACUAUUCCAAUUCCUACAGUUUCUGGUUGGCUUCAUUAAACCCAGAAAGAAUGUUCAGAAAACCUGUUCCAUCAACUGUGAAAGCUGGGGAGUUAGAAAAAAUAAUAAGUCGCUGUCGGGUGUGCAUGAAGAAAAGACACUGA